UCAUUUGUGUUUCCACCAUGAUUGUUGAAUGUAGAAGUUCUCCUUCAUCUCUCCUUCUCACAACCCCAACAAAAUCUCCACUAGAGUAUCGAUCUCAAAUCAUUAAUAGCACUAAGAAUCUACAAACUCCUCGAAUCCAAAAGACCCACAGACAAAAAUCAAAACCUCCGAUACUUCCUAUUAAGAAAACAGAACAGAAGAACAAAAAUAUCAAGAAAAAAUCAUACAUCUACACCACCAGAACGCACAAAUCAUCAAACCCACUUUCCAUACCACUCCAUAGCAAAAACCCAUCAUCAAUUUACGAAGACAUUCAAAAUCUUGCAAGAAACGGUAAAAUUAAAGAAGCAUUGACAGUUUUAGAUUAUUGUGAUAAAAAGGGUAUUCCUGUUAAUACUACUACUUUUUCAUCACUCAUUGAAGCUUGUAUUAGAUUAAAAUCACUCCAUCAUGGUCGUCAAAUUCAUACUUUCAUGAACAUUAAUGGAUUUGAAGACAAUGAGUUUUUGUGUACUAAGCUUGUUUAUAUGUACACUUCAUGUGGAGCAAUUGAAGAUGCUGAGAGAAUUUUGUCAAAUAUUCCUUCUCAAUCAAACAGUGUUUAUCCCUGGAAUGCUUUACUCAGAGGAAAUGUUGUUUACGGCGGGAAACGAUAUCGAGGUGUGCUUGAUACGUAUGCGCAAAUGCGCGAAUCGGGUAUCGAAUUAAACGUGUAUACAUUUUCUUGUUUAAUCAAGAGUUUUGCUGGGUCUUCUGCACUCACUCAAGGAAUGAAAUGUCAUGCACUUAUGAUAAAGAAUGGAUUUGUUAGUGGUUCCGUUUUGCUGCAGUCUAGUUUGAUUGAUAUGUAUUUUAAGUGUAAUAAGAUCAAGCUUGCUCGCCAAGUGUUCGAAGAAAUUCCUGAACAAGAAGUUGAUGAUGUUGUUUGGGGUACUAUGAUUGCUGGUUUUUCGCAUAAUAGGUUGAAGAGAGAAGCAGUGGAGUAUUUAAGAUGGAUGAUAAGUGAAGGGGUUUUGCCAAAUUCGAUUAUACUGACGACAAUCCUUCCUGUUAUUGGGGAGUUGGGGGGAUUGAAAUUGGGUAAGGAGAUGCAUGGCUAUGUGAUAAAAACCAAGAGUUACUCGAAGCAAAUCUUUAUACAAUCCGGUUUAAUAGAUAUGUAUUGUAAGUGUAAAGAUAUGGGUUAUGGAAGGAAAGUGUUUUAUGGUUCAGCAGAGAGAAAUGCUGUUUCUUGGACUGCUCUUAUGUCUGGUUAUGUAUCGAAUGGGAGGCUUGAUCAAGCACUAAGAUCGAUAAUUUGGAUGCAACAAGAAGGUGUGAAGCCUGAUGUUGUAACAAUUGCAACUGUUCUUCCAGUUUGUGCAGAAUUGAAAGCCUUAAAACAGGGAAAAGAGAUUCAUGGAUAUGCUGUGAAAAAUAGAUUGGUGCCAAAUGUUUCCAUUGUUACCUCUUUAAUGGUUAUGUACUCAAGAUGUGGCCAUAUAGGGUACUCUUGCAAGUUAUUCGAUGGAAUGGAGAGGAAGAACGUAAUUUCUUGGACGGCUAUGAUAGAUUCUUACUUGAAAAACAGGUGUCCAGAUGAGGCAGUUGCAGUGUUUAGAGCGAUGCAGCUAUCCAAGCACAGACCAGAUCCUAUUGCAGUUUCGAGGGUUUUAAGUGUUUGUGGAGAGUUGGGUGCGGCAAAGCUUGGAAGGGAAAUACAUGCACAUGUCUUGAGGAGGGAAUUUGAGUCGAAUCCUUUCGUUGCCACAAACAUUGUGAAAAUGUAUGGGAAAUGUGGAGACAUUGAGAAAGCAAAGUGGGUCUUCGAUAUGAACCCUUACAAGGGACCUAUGAUAUGGACUGCACUUUUAGAGGCUUAUGGAGAUAACGAAAUGUACCGAGAAGCUCUCCGUACUUAUGAUGACAAUGUUGGAAGUAGUGGAUUUAAUCCAAACCAUUUUACUUUAACGGUACUUCUAUCUAUUUGCAAUCGAGCUGGGUUUGCUGAUGAGGCUAAGAAGAUAUUCAACUCCAUGACUAGAAGAUACAAAAUUGAUGCAUCAGAAGAACAUUAUUCUAUCCUUAUAGGACUUUUAAAUCGUCUAGGGCAUUCCGAAGAUGCUGAAAGAUUUACACAUCUGAGUUCAUUAGCUACUUCGCGAUAAGAGAAAUGCGUGGUGUUCCGAGAAAUGGAACCUUGUUUUGUUAGCACUGCCAAGGCACACAAUUUUCUUACAAUAACAUCCCGGAAUAAAUGUCAGAAUCAAGUAGGCCCAAGUUGUUUUGUGUCUUCUGACUUCCAAACCUAUCGUGAAGGAAUCUGUACAUUUUGUCUUGUAAAAGCAUAAUAUUAAUCGGCAUGAAGGAUUCUGUCACUAGAAUUGGACUUGAAUGAAAUGUUCCAGAAUCUUUUAUUGAA